UCGUUAAUAACAGGAUCCGAUUGCUCGAUCGGUCGAUCGCUGAUCUCGCCUGAGAACUACACCGCCAUGGCCGCCGCCUCUGCGCAUCUCCACCUUUCAUCCAUUCCGAACUGCACCGGCAUCCGCCGUGUGGCGGGAGGCGCACGCCUCGGCUGCGACCCCUCCCUUCUUCCCACCUUCCGCCCUCUCCCCACCCUCUCCUUCCCACUUCUCGUCGCUCGCUACGCGAACCCUAAUCUAUCUCAAAACGUAAUCUCCACGGACUUAUCGGGCGGCGGUCCUGCCGUUCCUCCGGGUGGACCCGGCCACAACGGCCGAGGCGGCGAUGGUACUUCAGACGAUGAUCGCGAUCCCGAGGAGCCCGCCUCAUCCGAUCUGGGAGGUCCUCUAGGUCUCUUCCUCGAGGGAUGGAGAUCUAGGGUUGCCGCUGAUCCUCAGUUCCCCUUCAAGGUCCUCAUGGAGGAGCUUGUCGGCGUCAGUGCCUGUGUCCUCGGCGACAUGGCCUCCCGACCCAACUUUGGUCUCAACGAACUCGACUUCGUCUUUUGCACCCUAGUUGUCGGAUCCAUCGUCAACUUCGUCCUCAUGUACCUCUUGGCGCCCACCGCCGCCUCCGCUGCCGGUGCCUCUGCUCUACCUGGCAUAUUUGCUACCUGCCCCACCAGCCACAUGUUUGAGCCGGGGUCUUACUCCCUAUUCUCCCGUAUGGGCACCUUUGCCUAUAAAGGCGUUACCUUUGCUGCUGUUGGUUUCGCUGCGGGGCUUGCCGGGACGGCGAUCUCAAAUGGGUUGAUCGCUCUGCGCAAGAAGAUGGAUCCAGGGUUUGUGCCACCGAACAAACCGCCGCCAACUGUGUUGAAUGCGCUGACCUGGGCGCUGCAUAUGGGCUUGAGCAGCAAUUUCCGUUACCAGACCCUUAAUGGGAUUGAGUACACUAUGGAGAAGGCGUUGCCUUCAUCUGGUUUCAAGGCUUCAGUGGUGGUGCUUAGGUGUUUGAACAAUGUGCUUGGUGGAAUGUCUUUUGUUAUGCUUGCAAGGAUUACCGGAUCUCAGAAGGCGGCAGGGGAUGGAGAGGUGGUAGAAGAUAUCAAGGAGAAGUUGGUCAGCGAGAAAGCUACAGAUUCAGAGAAUAUCGAUGAUUGAUGAAUGAGCGUAAGCGAAGUAAGUGUUCUUUUGAUGAAGUGUUAAUUGGGAUGGACCAGUAAAAGAGAGUUUGAGAAGCUUUGCAUUUCUAUAAACUUUUUGUACUGAAAUAUCGAAUUUGAGCCACUAUUAGGAUAGUGAAUUUUCUCUCCGGUCAACGUUGUUUCUUUUUGGUCAAUUUUCUAAUAAGUUGUUGAUUGUUGCCCAAGAAAAUCGUCAAAUUUGCUGAUCAGCAUCUCUUUUUCUUGGCGUUCUUCUUUAUUUAAUGUUGUUUUGUUUUGCUACAAUGUUGUAGUCCCUCUAGAACGUUUGGAUGCUUGUAUGUGUAUCUUGUCUUUAUCUAAACCUGUUAAUUUUUGACAGACAACAUUAUCCAUAUGAAUAAGAGCUUCUGUUUUUUUUCA